GGCGGCUGUCGCCCCCCUCCCCGCCCCCCCCCAGUAUUUUUUGCCGUGUCUGUGAUUGCAUCUUUUCGAGUUGUGGCCUUAGCUUUUUGCACGGAGGUGCUGUCCUCACAGCCCGUGCCCCGCUGUGCGCACUGAGGACGCCGCCUCGGGGGGCCGGGUCUCCCUGGGGGCCGGGGGCGGGGCGGAGGAGUCACCUCCCCUGAGAACGCGGACCCGGGCCUCCAGCGUAGGGAGCCCGCCCCGAGGCCCGCUCACAGUCCGACGACGGGGACAGGUGAUCUCCGCGGGGAGUCGCCCGUCCGCCCGACGGCGCUGCUGCGCAGCCCCGAGGUGACUGGUGACGAGAGCGGACCGUCCUUCUGAGGGGGCAGGGGCACGGAGGUUUGGGAGACGGAGGCUGACGGGGCAGUUGCGUGGUCCUCAGGACGUGCGGGAGGGAGGCGCCCCUCAGAGCGCAGGUGAUGUCGUUGACGUUCGGCUUGUGGGCCAGCCCUGGACAAACGUCCGGUGGGGAAACGCCAGAAUUGCCCGCACAGUUCGUUCUGUAUGUUCAGCUCCUUUCCCCUCUGUCUUGCAAUGAGAACAAGAAUAUGUUCUUGGGAUGUUGGACUGUGUCAUCGUGGGCUUUAAUUUUGAAAAGUCAGCUGCCAUUUCUGGGUCGUGUGCUGUGGCCGGGACUGCUGACCCUUUCCGGUGACUCCCGACACGACGACGCGGGGAGGCCGAGACCGCUCCGUCUGACAGAGGAGGCGCUGAGGCCGGGAGGCUAGGGGCCGCCGAGGCCACGGAGCCGCGGUGAGCUGUCUGGAGGCUGUGCGCUUAACAGUGCAGACGUGCGCUUCGUGUUGUCACGUAGCGUCCAGGCGACAGAAACCCAAUCCUGCGUGAGUCUGGUUCUUGCUCCUUGACUGGCCACUCCCCUCUCGUUCUGGAUGAUGUCAGAACAGGAUCUGGCGGAUGUGGUGCAGAUUGCAGUGGAAGACCUCAGUCCCGAUCACCCAGUUGUACUGGAGAAUCAUGUCGUGACAGAUGAAGAUGAACCAGCUUUGAAACGCCAGCGACUAGAGAUCAAUUGCCAGGACCCCUCUAUAAAGUCAUUCCUGUACUCCAUUAACCAGACCAUAUGCUUACGAUUGGAUAGCAUUGAGGCCAAGCUGCAAGCUCUGGAGGCGACUUGUAAAUCGUUAGAGGAGAAGCUGGAUCUGGUCACGAACAAGCAGCACAGUCCCAUCCAGGUCCCCAUGGUGGCGGGCUCCCCUCUCGGCGCGACACAGACAUGCAACAAAGUGCGAUGCGUCGUCCCCCAGACUACAGUAAUACUCAACAGUGAUCGGCAGAACGCCAUUGUAGCCAAGAUGGACGACCCCUUGAGCAGCAGGGCACCGGAUUCCCUGGAAAAUAUCAUUAGCAAUGCGGUUCCUGGGCGUCGGCAGAACACCAUUGUGGUGAAGGUACCUGGUCAAGAAGACAGCCACAACGAGGACGGGGAGAGCGGGUCUGAGGCCAGCGACUCCGUCUCCAACUGCGGACAGUCGGGAAGUCAGAACAUCGGCAACAACGUCACCCUCAUCACCCUAAACUCCGAAGAGGACUACCCCAAUGGCACCUGGCUGGGGGACGAGAACAACCCCGAGAUGCGGGUGCGCUGUGCCAUCAUACCCUCCGACAUGCUCCACAUCAGCACCAACUGCCGCACGGCCGAGAAGAUGGCGCUGACGCUGCUGGACUACCUCUUCCAUCGGGAGGUGCAGGCCGUGUCCAACCUCUCGGGCCAGGGGAAGCAUGGCAAAAAGCAGCUCGACCCCCUCACCAUCUACGGGAUCCGGUGUCACCUGUUCUAUAAAUUUGGAAUCACGGAAUCUGACUGGUAUCGAAUCAAACAGAGCAUCGACUCUAAAUGUCGGACAGCCUGGCGCCGAAAACAGCGAGGCCAGAGCCUGGCUGUCAAGAGCUUCUCGAGGAGAACGCCGUCCUCGUCCUCGUACAGCACUUCAGAGACCAUGAUGAGCACGCCACCCCCCACCGCGGAGCUGCAGCAGCCCCCACAGCAGGCCCUGCACUACGCCCUGGCCAACGCCCAGCAGGUCCAGAUCCACCAGAUCGGAGAGGACGGACAGGUCCAAGUAGGCCACCUCCAUAUCGCCCAGGUGCCUCAAGGCGAGCAGGUGCAGAUCACGCAGGACAGCGAGGGCAAUCUACAGAUACACCACGUGGGACAGGAUGGGCAGGUGCUGAGCAGGGAGGGAGGGGGGCCAUCAAAGGAACCACCCACUGGACAGUCCAGUGGCCAGAGACGUGAGCAGUGGGGCCUGCGGUGUGAGUGCCGAGUUCUGAUGGUACCGGAACUGAUGGAUGAGAAGACACAAGUGAGCCAACUGAAGUCUCACCAAGCCCUUGAACCAGGAGAGGACGGAAUUACUGCAGGAGGAAGAAAGUUUCAGGCACAGUAUAAUUUCCCAAUUUUCCACUAAGAUUGAGAGUGAACCACUGAGUAGUGUUAAAUUCGUUGUGUGUUUAUGAGGAAUCUUUCAUCUAGAAAUCCCAGGUCCAGUCUGAUCAGGGCCCUGGUUAAAAUAUGGAAGCUGUUGCUUUAAGAGUGUGUUCAAAUGACUAAAAGAGAACCCAGUUUUGUUUAACUCCCUCACCGACCUUUGGGAAACUGAAGGACAGUGAGAACCCCAGUUCCUUUCCUCUUCGCUGGGAGCCUGUGAUUUGUGGGAGUGUCCACACCGACAGGUUAUGGAGGACAGGCAGACAGCAUCAUACAGGGCUGUGUCUGUGUGCACCCACCGUAACGAAGCUCUGCUCUGGACCCUGUAAGGGUAUGUGUUUAGAAAUUUGGCACAAUCCAUAGCAGAACCAGUGCAAAUGCUAAUAUUAUGACUUUUUAUACAAUUCCAGAGCAGAGGUCCAUUUCUAAUCAAGUAAAAUACCAAAGAAUCAGAUGGUCUCCCCCUUAUUCUGAGCGGGUGGAAAGGUUCCGUGUUUCUUCUCACAUAGAUAAUAAGGUGAUUGUUUGCAACUAUUUGGUAAAAUCCACUGCUAUCUGUCUUUACAUUUCUUCUAAGGAUUUGCAGUCCAAAAGUGAAAUAUAUGUGACGUGCCACUGGGUUUGGAUUGGAGAGAAAGUGUACCAUCUGAAACCAUCGUGUAUGUGUGUGUGUAAGAGAGACAGAGAGGGAGAGAUGAAGAGCUGCUCUGUGCAUAAUGUACCUUCAGGGGAGAAAAAUAAUCUAGGAAUUAUUUUCAUGUGUAGACAAAUAUAGUCACUUAUUUUUAAAUUCAGGCCACUAUUUCAUAUUGACUCCCAAAGUAAAACAAACAAUUUUGUAAAGUGACCCCAGACUGGCUUUCAUUCUGCCUCUCGACCUGCCCCUGGGAGCUGUUGUGCUUGCUUUCAAGGGCUCUUCUCCUCUCCUGUCCCUAUUUUAUCUUCUAUGCACAGCACACGAUGCUCUGCACUUGGUACUGGGGACGUCCCAUAAAAAUAACCCCUGUGCCUACCAUUGACAGUUGGCCUGAGCCUUGAGGAUGGCAUUCUAGGUGGUGAGAGAUAAAAAUCGAUGUAUAGAGAUGAUAUUGAAAUGAAACCUGUAGAAUACUAAUGGUGUGGGCCACCAAUCUGGUGACAGGAGCCCCUGUCCACUAACGGAUGCAUUACGUCACCAGGAGUGGGGCGGGCGAUGACAAAGCAGUGAAACGUGAGACCUCAUGGGCCACAAGCCCAGACACAGGCCAUCAGCUGCUGGCCACUGGUGGGCUCUCAGCAUCUGGUCAUCUUGACCAGGUUCUGAGAGGACUUGAAGACGACUGGGUAUACCUGGGCCCAGGUAAUGGCAGGUUUGUGGAAGGGGGAGGGAAGAGCGUGGCUCCUUAAAAGUAGGUCUUCACGAUGUCACCAGUUGAGGAAUCCUUUUGAGAGAAUUGUCUACUGUUUGGGGUGACACUCCAUUGGCACCUGAGUUGAGUUCUCCUCAGAGCUGGAGAACACACCCAGGAGAACACACCCUGAUCAGCAGUUGUUCCACCAAGAGGCCAGUUGGCCAAAGAGAACCUGAAGGAAAGCCAGGAGCUGUUUUCUCCUCAUGACAAAGGCUGGAGUGGA